AUGGUUUCCAUCGGUAAGAUUUUGCUCGGAGUCUGUGCAGUGGCAGUAGUUGUCACCUUGAUUGCUGUACCCACUGCUAUCUUUCUGAACGACAAAGGUGAAGGUGAAGACAGGUCCUUUACUUUGGAAGAUGUAUUCAACAGUUCUCUCAAACCCAAGUCCUAUAACCUGAGGUGGAUCUCAGAUUCUGAAUAUCUCCACAAAUCCAACGGCUCGGUGUACCUGCACAACCCCAGCACUUCUGAUAUCCAGCUGCUUCUGAGCAAGGAGACAUUUGAAGAAAUAGCGGCUUAUGAUUACAUGUUGUCGGCCGAUCGCAAAUAUGUGGCAUUCAUGAGCAACUACGUAAAGUUGUGGAGACACUCAUUCACCGCAUCGUAUUCUCUCUAUGACAUUGCACUGAAAAAGAUCGUGUCCAAACUCGACCAGGUCCAGUUCUUUUCCUUUUCUUCCGAAGGACACAAAGUGGCCUAUGUGUUGAAGAAUGAUGUGUACAUAAAGACCAGCCCCGAGUCCGGGCCAGAGCGUGUCACGUAUAAUGGAAAAGAAAACGAGAUUUUCAACGGCAUUCCAGACUGGGUGUAUGAAGAGGAGAUGUUCUCGUCCUCUCAGGGUCUGUGGUGGUCUCCGGGGGGAAAGUUUGUGGCCUUCGCUCAUUUCAACGAUUCGCUGGUGCCUCACAUCGACUACACCUGGUUUGGAGAUGAACAGUAUCCCAGCACCGUUUCCAUUCCUUAUCCAAAAGCAGGUGCCACCAACCCCAUUGUGCAGCUCUUUGUCGUCGCGGCCAACAACGUCACUCAAAUCAGUGAAGUGGUCGUGCCGGCUGCGUACGCUUCCAGUGAACAUUACCUGGCCACUGUCACUUGGGCCUCUGAUGAGCGCAUCGCAGUUCAAUGGCAAAAGAGAGUCCAGUCCUUCGUCAUUCUGCAGAUCUACAACCUGACCGGCAGCCGCUGGGAGCCUUUCGAGCACCUGGAGAUCAGCAGCUCCUCGGGCUGGGUCGGCCGGUUUUCUCCCUCAGAGCCCGUCUUUGCUGCCGACAAGAAGAGCUACUACCUGAUCAUGAGCGACAAGCAAAAGUACAAGCACAUCCAUCGCGUUACGGGGAGCGUUGUUGAACCAAUCACUUCGGGCAAAUGGGAGGUCGUCAGUAUUUUGUUGGUCACGGAGGAUAGUGUAUACUACACCAGUAAUGAGUACGAGGGCAAGCCCGGAGGCAGGAACGUCUACAGAUACUCUUGGAGUGGAAGCACCAACAGCACAGCGUGUCUGACCUGCGGACCCGACUGUCUGUAUAACUCCGCCUACAUGAGCCCAAACGCCUCCUUCUACAGGCUGAGCUGCAACGGUCCUGGAAUCCCACGGCAUUCUCUUAUGUCAAAAGAAGGGAAAGAGUGGCCCUUGGAGGAUAAUGCAGAAUUUGCUAAUCAGAUUUCUACUAUUCGAAUGCCCACUGUGCGUCGAGGAACUAUAAAGAUUGAUGGAUUCGACUUAUGGUACCAGAUGUUGCUGCCUCCGGGGUUCGAUGAGUCCAAGAAGUAUCCUCUCCUCAUUGAUGUGUAUGCGGGCCCAUGCAGUCAGAAAGUGGACUACCUCUACAGAGUCAACUGGGCCACCUACUUGGCGAGCACAGAACAAAUGAUUGUGGCCAGCUUCGACGGGAGAGGAAGCGGUUACCAAGGCGACGAGAUAAUGCACAAACUCUAUCAACGACUGGGAACCUAUGAGGUGGAAGAUCAGAUAACUGCGGCCAAGGAAUUUAUCAAAAUGGGGUUCAUUGACAAGGGCCGAGUGUCUAUUUGGGGAUGGUCCUACGGGGGAUACGUGACUUCGAUGGUGCUCGGAGCUGGCAGUGGAGUUUUUCAGUGUGGAAUGGCUGUAGCUCCGGUCUCCAAAUGGAAAUACUACGAUUCUAUAUAUACUGAGCGCUACAUGAAUCCUCCUACGCUGAACCAAGACGCAUACGACAAUUCGACGGUCACGGCCAGAGCGAAGAACUUCCACAAGGUUAAAUAUCUGCUUGUUCACGGGACAGCUGACGACAACGUGCACUUCCAGCAGGCUGCGGAGAUCUCUGAGGCUUUAGUGGAGGAGCAGGUGGACUUCGAGGCCAUGUGGUACACAGACAAAGACCACGGCCUGGGAGGAGCGGCCAACCAACACGUCUACACACACAUGAGCCACUUCUUACUCAGGUCGUCAAGCAGAGGAUUCAUCGCAGACGUCAGAAACCAACAGGUCACAAUGAGAAGCAGCCAUCUCCUCAGCGCAAUCCUUCUGGCCUUGUGUUUAGUCCAGAGAAGCUGGCAAGCCGCCCUCCAGGAACCAGACAACUCCAUGAGUUUUGAGGCGGAGGAGAUUUUGGCAGAGGAGCCCAGGGAGGAGUCCAACAUGAAGAGACACUCGGAGGGAACAUUUUCCAACGACUACAGCAAAUACCUGGAGGACAGGAAGGCCCAGGACUUUGUGAAGUGGCUCAUGAACAACAAGCGCAGCGGUCAAACAGAGAAGCGGCACGCAGAUGGAACUUUCACCAGUGACGUCAGCUCCUACCUCAAAGACCAGGCCAUCAAAGAUUUUGUGGCCAGACUCAAGUCGGGACAGAUCCGAAGAGAAUCUGAAGGGGGCAGCAGCGGUCUCAGCAGGAGGCAUGUGGACGGGAGCUUCACCAGUGAUGUGAACAAGGUGCUGGACUCUAUGGCAGCCAAAGAGUACCUCCUAUGGGUCAUGACAUCCAAGCCCUCAGGCGAAAGCAAGAAGAACCCAGAGGAGCAAUAG